AAUCAGUAACUGCCAUCUCUUUCUGUCCGUACAAUCCCGUUCAGUUCCGUUACAAUGCAAAUAGGAAGGAAGACAUCAAACUGUCCCCCUUCAUGAAGGCCAAGAGAUAAUGGCCCUUUGCUCAUCAAUCAACCAGAGCCACCACCAUACCCCGUAAUGCUAAACAGGCUGAUUCUCUCUCUCUACGGCUAAGGGUGGUUCAUUUGGAUUGAGAAACAGAACAUGUCGGGAGGAGAAAACCCAGGUGCAAGGGCGCUCGACAAGACACCCACAUGGGCUGUUGCUUUGGUUUGUGCGAUUAUCGUUUUGAUUUCUAUACUAUUGGAGAAAAUGCUUCACGCGGUUUCAGAGUUUUUUAGGGAGAGACGCAAGAAACCUAUGCUGGAAGCUCUUGAGAAGAUUAAAGCCGAGCUUAUGAUUCUAGGAUUCAUUUCCCUACUCUUGACGUUUGGCCAAAACUAUAUUGCCAACAUCUGUAUUUCAACAAGCCUUGCAAACACAAUGUUGCCAUGUCCUUUGCCAAGUGAGACCCAUAAAGGUCAUAAUGGAAAUGGGCAUAACGGAAAAGGUCAUAAUGAGGAGUCAGAACAUCAUAGAAGACUUCUUUGGAAUGAGCAUAGGUUUUUAUCAGCUGAUAGUUCUGCUAAAGGGUGCAAGACGGGACAUGUGCCACUUAUAUCAGCCGAAGGAUUACAUCAGUUGCACAUCUUCAUAUUCUUUUUGGCCGUCUUUCACGUUAUAUACAGUGCCAUAACAAUGAUGCUUGGGAGAUUGAAGAUACGAGGGUGGAAAGAAUGGGAACGUGAAAGUAUUGAGGACGAUGGAUUCAACGAUCCAACAAGAUUCAGGCUUACCAAAGAGACUUCUUUUGUGAAAGAGCACACGAGUUUCUGGACCAAAUCGCCAGUUUUCUUUUAUUUUGUAUGCUUCUUUCGUCAAUUCUUGAGGUCUGUGCGUAAAGCUGACUACUUGGCGAUGCGCCAUGGCUUCAUCUCCGUUCAUUUAGCACCUGGAAGUAAGUUUGACUUCCAAAAAUAUAUUAAAAGGUCGCUUGAAGACGACUUCAAGGUAGUUGUGGGAAUCAGUCCUUUAUUAUGGGCUUCUGCAGUCCUCUACCUGUUUCUCAAUGUUGAUGGGUGGCAGUCCAUGUUUUGGUUAUCCGUUAUGCCACUAGUUGUUAUAUUAGCAGUUGGAACAAAGCUGCAAGCGAUUAUCACUCAGAUGGCUGUUGAAAUCCAAGAACGACAUGCUGUAGUCCAAGGGAUGCCUCUUGUGCAAGUCUCUGAUAGGCACUUUUGGUUUGGCUGGCCUCAGUUAAUUCUUUAUCUUAUCCAUCUUACUCUCUUUCAGAAUGCAUUCGAGAUAACAUUUUUCUUCUGGAUUUGGUAUGAGUUUGGGCUGAAAUCUUGCUUCCACGAGAAUUUCAAACUCAUAAUAGUAAGAGUUGCUCUUGGGGUAGGAGUACAAAUUCUGUGCAGCUACAUUACGCUUCCACUAUAUGCCCUUGUCACUCAGAUGGGAUCAAACAUGAAGAAGUCCAUCUUCGAUGAACAAACCUCCAAGGCUCUAAUGAACUGGCAUAAGAAUGCUAUGAAGAAAAAGAAUGAGGGGAAGGCAGGAGCUGGUGCUACUGCUACUCGGACACUAGGUGGGAGCCCGGGUGACUCCCCUGAUAAUUCCCCUGGUGGGAAUGCCAGAGUACAUAUACCCCAAAAUAAUGAUGAGGGGCUCGAACUUGGUAAGCAUGAUCUACUAUAAGGUCCACGAUUAUGGCAACGAGGGUGGUGGAAAUUGGCUGAUAAUCUUGAAACGGCAUCAUGUUUUAACUUUAGUUCCAUUUCAUGUUGUCUAUAUUUGCAAUAUGCGGAAACACUCAGAUUGAAACGGGUACAGCUUUUUGUUCAGCUAUGUGCCUAAGUAAUCAGGAAUUGUAAAUUACUGCAACAAUUCAGGGUACAAUCCAUAUAGUAUACAACUAUGCAUAAAAAAUUUCAGGA